CCGCUGCCGCCCCGCCGCUUAGGGGCUUUACCUUUCUGCCUGACUGAAAAUUGCCGCCGGCCUCGUUUUUAGGCGAGCGCGGGCGUGCUUGGAAGCGGCGAGCUCGCAGUGCUUUUGUGCAGGCUACUGUAUUUUUUCGUUGGUUUUUUUUUUUUUUUCCAGUCUUAUUCUUUCCGCGCGUUCCCGCGCAGGCCUCCUUGCGAGGCGCCCGCGAGCCGGUGGGGCCCUUGAACGUUACGGCGUCGCCGGAGAGCCGGCGGGGGGCGCGGCGGGUCCUUUCGGCCGAGCCGUCGCAGCCGGUGCCGGCCCCGGCCCACCAUGUACUACAAGUUCAGCGGCUUCGCGCAGCGCCUCGUCGGUGCCACGGCGGCCGCCGCCUACACCCCACAGGGACUCAAACCAUUAGUUUCCACUGAACCCCCAGGCCCAGAUCUGAUUUUUGGGACAAGUAAACCUGUUCCAGGUUUACCAGCAACUGAUACUUACUUGAGUACAAACAAUGUGCCAGACCUACAGAAAGUUUUCCAGAGAUCAGAUGGGCUUCCAGUACACCUGAAGCGAGGAUAUCCAGAUAGGAUGCUCUAUCGGACCACGAUGGCUCUGACAAUAGGAGGGACUUUCUACUGUCUGAUAGCACUGUACAUUGCCUCACAGCCAAAAACCAAAUGAACCACACCUCAUGGGACUCUCUGCACUCCUCUGAAGGAUCUUCUGCAUGUACCACUUUGCACUUAAAUCUGUUCCCUGUGAUCACAGAGGGUUCCUUAUUCAGAUUGGAUUUCUUGGAGAAAAUGUUUUUAAACCGUUUGCCUUAUGUAUUCUAAAACACAAAUAUAAACAGAGAAAUACAUUAUUUUAACA